GGCAGACAUCUGUUGGAGGCACGUCAUCAAGCGGUUGACGACGAAGUAGAGAGAGUAACUGGUUAAUGUAAAUGGAAUACAAAAAAGGUGAUAGAAUGGAACCCUGUAGGACGCCAGUGGUAGGUUAUAAUCUUACAUACAGUGCAUCCACCGUCAAUUAGACAUAUUUUUGAAAACGUUGGUCAGAGAAAAUUUAGUCAAUUAUUUGAAGCCCAAUCGACCAAUUAUCCGAAAUCCAAUUGGACAAAAUUUCUAUCUGACCAAUCAAGAGCAUUUUGAAGUAUUCCAACUAUCUUGGAUCAUUCAACCUUUUGUGAGAUGGAACAAUUUUUUUAGAGAGUUUCUUUCAAUAAAAAUGAAGGAAACUAUUGAAUAUUUUUGUUUACAGUAUGAAUGUCACGUAUGUUUUCUUCAAUUUACAGAAAUGAGAAGCUUAAGACGACAUUAUAUUGAUACUGAAGGGCUUUCAUAUCCAAACUGUACAUCCAAAUUCUAUAAUAAGAAAUAUAAGAAAUAUAUAUCGAAGGCGUUUUCCAAAAACAGAAAUGAUGUGAAAUUUGUUAAGGCUUGCUUGAGUUGCACUACCCAUUAUGAAACUAUAGAAGAGCUUGGUUUACAUUUAAAGAUGCAUCAUGAACCCGCAAGCCAUCCUGAAUUUGAGAAAAGUUACUCAAAAUUGAAUAAUGCAUACAAGUGGAUGCUUUCAACUGGAAAGAUAGUAGAAGACGCUUUGUAUAAUUUUAGUAAAAAGUUACUAGUAGAUCAUCCAUCGAACUCUUUUAUCAUAGACGUUGAUGAUCAAACAUAUUUGAAACAUAAUAUUUUUACUGAAAAAGAGUUAGAGGAGAUAAAGAAAGAAAACGUGAUAAGCACAACAAUACCAAUUCCAAGUAAAUUACGCGAUUAUAUGAAUUCAUUCAACUGUACCACUACCGAAAAAAUCCGCCAAAGUCUUGUUAAAAGACAACACUGGGAAACUGAAUACAAUAUACGCAAACACCAUGAUUUUGAUUGGUUAAAGUUUGCAGUACAUGCAUUAUUAAGAGAAUAUGAAAGUGGAUCAUUAAGCGCUUCAAAGAAAGAACUGUGGUACAAUAUUCAUAUCUGGUCGUUUAUCGAUCGUAUUUUUGAUGAUGUACCUUCACUUGAAGUAGUAAGAAGUGAAGCCAUGAGUAUUUCAAGCGCAAACAGAAAAAAUGCAAAUAGAGUUAUUGGAUCAGUAUCACCAAUUGAAAGAAAACAAAUUGGGUAUAAAUGUGACUUUCUCAUUAGAGAUACUACUUCAGAUCAUGAAGAGAGUCUAGAGUACGGAGCAGACGAAGUGGGAAUUCGUUAUGAACAAAAGGGAACCAAAUUAAUGACAGAAGGAUCUGCCAAAUUACCUAAGGUUCUAAAAGAUAUGUUAGAUCAUUUAAUCUUAAAAAAUAAAGAUUUUAUAGGAAUGAAAGCAUUUGGAAUUAUUCAUUCCGGGUUAACUAUGCAACUAAUUACUGCUGACCGACCACAUCGAUAUAUUACAAGAAUAUCACGAGGAAAAGAGCUAAGUAUUCCUUCUAAUGUAGAGAAGUUCGGCGCUAAAGUCCUCCCUGUUAUAAUUGUAGUAGCCUUUAUAAUCAAGUUAAUAGAAAUAAACCAUCAUUUAUUACAUAAUAAAAAGGUUAUUCAAAUAAAACUAAUAUAUCGCGUUUCACAGCAUAAUAUUCAUUCUACUCUCAGUUUUGAUAAUAGUCAUUGUUUGAGUAUUCGAGCAUUAAAAAUAAUUAUAUAUUGUAUUUUUCAGCAAAUAAGAGAAAAUUUCAGAAAAAAUAAGAGAAAAUUAUUGGACAAAUAA